AGAUAGCUUUCACUGUGAGAAAUUAAAGAGACUACAGAGAGAGGACAGCUGCAGGAGGAAAACUGGGAACACUGGAAUAUACCACUUCAACCAGUGAGUGACUGCAGACUGUACAGAGCUUUAGAAAACACACGAGUCAAAGUGAAAGUAAGUUAGAGUAAACUCUGAGGAGGAGGGAGUGGAGCCUCACCAGCUGUCUGCCUGUCGUGAGUUUUGCUUCACUCAGAGGAAAAUGGCUUCUUGUUUCGAGGAGGAUCUGUGCUGUUCUGUCUGCCAUGACAUCUUCAAACAUCCUGUGAUUCUGUCAUGUAGCCACAGCUUCUGUAAAGCCUGUCUGCAGAGCUGGUGGACACAGAAACAGAGCCAGGAGUGUCCAGUCUGUAAGAGAAGAUCUUCAAGAUCUGAACCUCCUUGUAACUUGGUGUUGCAGAACCUGUGUGAGGCCUUCUUACUGCAGAGAGAUCAGAGAGCUUCAUCAGACUCUGAGGCUCUCUGCAGUCUGCACUCUGAGAAACUCAGACUGUUCUGUCUGGAUCAUCAGCAGCCAGCGUGUCUCGUCUGCAGAGACUCUAAAAAACACACCAACCACACAUUCAGACCCAUCGAUGAAGCUGCUCCAGAUCUCAGGGACCAGCUCCAGGAAUCCCUGAAACCUUUAGAGGAGAAACUGCAGCGCUUUGAAAAAGUCUGGAAUGAAACAGGAAAACACAUCAAGGUCCAGACUGCAGACACAGAGAGGAAGAUAAAGGAGCAGUUUAAGAAGCUUCACCAGUUUCUAGAAGAGGAAGAGGAGGUCAGAAUCUCUGCACUGAGGGAGGAAGAGGAGCAGAAGAGUCAGAGGAUGAAGGAAGAGAUGGAGGCUGUGAGCAGAGAGAUAGCAGUUCUUUCAGACACAGUCAGAGCCACAGAGGAGGAGCUGAGAGCUGCAGACGUCUCAUUCCUGAAAAACUACAAGGCUGCAGUGGAAAGAGUCCAGCAGCGCCCCCUGCUGGAGGAUCCACAGCUGCCCUCAGGAGCUCUGAUAGAUGUGGCUAAACACCUGGGCAACCUGAGCUUCAACAUCUGGAACAAGAUGAAGGACAUGGUCUCCUACAGUCCUGUGAUUCUGGACCCAAACGCUGCUGGUUCAAAACUAAUCCUGUCUGAAGAUCUGACCUGUGUGAGACGAGGAGAGGAGACACAGCAGCUUCCUGAUAAUCCAGAGAGGAUUUAUGAAUGCUCCUCAGUCCUGGGCUCUGAGGGCUUCAACUCAGGGACUCACAGCUGGGACGUCGAGGUUGGACAGAACAUGUGCUGGGAAGUGGCUGUGUUUGAGGAGUCUGCUGGCAGGAAGAGAAACAUUGACUCUGGAUUAUGGAGAAUAUGUUUUUUUAAUAAUGAUGUAUACAGAGCAGUCACUCCGUCAGGUGAUUGUGUUGAUCUGUCAGUGAGAGGACGUCCUCAGAGGAUCAGAGUUCAUCUGGACUGGGACAGAAGAAAGCUGUCAUUCUCUGAUCCUGACACCAACACACACAUACACACCUUCACACACACUUUCACUCAGAAGAUGUUUCCAUUCAUUUGGACUGCUGAUGCUCACACUCUGAAGAUAUUACCAGUAGACGAUGAUGAGGAAGAUGAUGCUGAUGAUGAUGAUGAGGAAGAAGAUGAUGAUAAUGAUGAUGCUGUUGAGGAUGAUGAUGAUGAUGAUGAUGAUGAUGAUGAAGUCAGUUCAGUCUCUCAUCUCAUGAUGAAGUAUGUUCAGUCGCUUACUCCAGGUGAAUAGAGAUGUUGUUUCCUCUGCUCAAAGUGUAAAUAUGGACAUUAACACGUGUAUUUAGAACAGUUUGCAUGGAGCUCUUUUCAAACAGCAUGUAGACAGCUUUUGUGUGAUGGAUUUAAAGAGCUGAUUGUUUUCUGUGUGAGGAAAUCACAACAAUUCUGUGAAUGAUAAGUCAGUGAUGUAAUAUACGUACAUAUACUGUAUAUGUUCAAUAUAACACACUCCAGUACACCACCAACACUUUCUAUGUCUUCAAUGAUAAAUAUGAGGAACAGUUA